AUGCCACUGGUUUUGUAUCGCCCAUUAAAGCGACCACUAGUCUAUGAAGUUGUUCGUCUCCUAACAUCAACAAUAUCAACAUCAGCAUCAUCAAAAUGGAUUUCAGCCAUCAAAAACACAUCUUCUCCCACCAAAUCUUUGCAAAUCUACACGCAAAUGCAACGUCAAUCCAUCCCCGUGGACAGCUUCGCCGUUCUCUACACACUUACAUCAUGUACCCAUUUGCAGAACCUCCCUCUUCUUCGUCACCUUCAUGCCCAUAUUUCCAAACUCGGAUUCACAUCCAACGUUUACAUCAUGUCCUCUCUCCUCCAUGGCUACUCAAACGCUUGUUUUGAUGAUGCACGUGUCAUGUUCGAUGAAAUGCCUGAAAGAACAAUCGUCACCUGGAAUACCAUGAUCACUGGCUUCUCAAGAUCAGGAAAUCUAAACAAAGCAAGAUCCUUGUUUGAUGAAAUGCCCAUAAGGAACACAGCUUCUUGGUCUGCAAUUAUCGCAUCAUACAUCAAUUCAGGUUACCAGAAAAAAGGAAUAACACUCUUCCACAAGAUGUUAAUGCACGAAAAGCUAAAACCUGAUCAUUUCUCCUUGUGUACAAUCUUAAGCGCAUGUGGACACAUGGAAACAUUCGGAUUGAUUCUAGGAAAAUCCAUUCAUGGGUUUAUCAUUAGAAACAAAUACAAUCUCAACGUGGAACUUGGAACUUCAUUAGUCAACAUGUAUGCAAAAUCUGGAUUCUUGAAGGUUGCUUCUAUGGUGUUUAACAUGAUGCAAUACACAAAUGUUGUUUCUUGGACUUCAUUGAUUUGUGGAGCAGCUCAACAUGGAUACAUAAACGAAGCAAGAACUCUUUUUCAUGAAAUGCAAGAAUCUCACAUUAAACCUAAUGAGUUCACUUUCACAGGGAUUCUAAGUGCUUGUGUUCAUGCAGGGUUAGUUGAUGAAGGAAGAAAGUACUUUGAAAUGAUGAAGGAUUAUGAUUUAAAGCCAAAGAUUCAUCAUUACUGUUGUAUGGUUGAUUUGUUUGGGAAAGCAGGAGAGUUAGAAGAUGCGUAUGAGAUUAUUAUAAACAUGGAGGUGGAUGCUAAUAUAAACAUCUUAGGAUCUUAUCUUUCUUCUUGUAAAGUUCAAUGUAACUUUAAAAUGGCAGAAAGGGUGAUUGAUAGAGUGAUGGAGAUGUUGAAUCCAGAAAAAGAUGGAGCUGUUUAUUGUUUGAUUGCUGAUUUGUUUGCUUUGGGUGAGAAGUGGGAUGAUGAAGAAAGGUUUAGAAGGUUAAUGGUUACACAAAAUGUUAGGAAAACAAGAGGAGCUAGUUUUAUUAGAAGUGUUGAUAAAUGA